CCAACGACCCUUCGACGGCAACCUCCCCUAUGCCCCUCCUGCUUUCCCCUUCGUCGUCGUCCCCCACCCUCCACUACCGGAUGCAUACGCCACCAAAUCCCAUCCAACUCAGCGCAGCAGCAGAAACCACCAAAAGUAGCAGUUGGUCGGUGGCUGCCAUCGAGAUUGGGGGAGACGGCAGCGAUAAAUACCAUCACCAAGAUUCCAGGUGCUCCUUGUUGAUUUGACCUCACUAGAUCGGAGUAGAGCAGCUCGGACGCGGAGUCGAGGGCGAGGAGGCGCCGAUCUGGGGCGGCGCCGAGCGCGUCCUCAAGGAGCCGUUGGUCUCUCGCCGCGGGGGACGGAACUGCCCCGAUACAAUGGCAGAUAUCCAGUUAGGGUGUUACACUAUAAAGUCCCAUGGAACCAAAUUGGCAAGAUUGCACAUGUAUGAUUGGAUAAUACUUCUCCUCCUUGCUGUCAUAGACGGACUGUUGAAUAUAAUUGAACCUUUUCACCGUUUUGUGGGGAGGGACAUGAUGACCGACUUGAGAUAUCCUUUGAAGGGCAAUACAGUGCCGUUUUGGGCUGUUCCGCUAAUUGGAAUUUUACUACCAUGUGCCAUCUUUGGUGGAAUUUACUUCAAGAAAAAGAAUUUCUAUGAUUUGCACUAUGGCAUACUUGGGAUUCUAUACUCGGUGCUCAUAACUGCAGUGAUUACUGAUGCACUUAAGGAUGGUGUUGGUCGCCCACGUCCAGAUUUUUUCUGGCGCUGUUUCCCUGAUGGAAAUGAUGUCUAUGAUAAUAUCACUACUGGUGUUAUAUGCCAUGGAGAAAAGAGUGUUAUCAAGGAAGGUCACAAGAGCUUUCCAAGUGGACACACUUCGUGCUCUUUUGCUGGCCUAGGCUUCCUUGCAUGGUACUUAGCUGGGAAAAUCACAGCUUUUGAUCGCAGAGGACAUGUUGCAAAGCUAUGCAUAGUGUUUCUACCUCUUCUUACUGCUGCACUUGUUGGUGUUUCUCGAGUGGAUGACUACUGGCAUCACUGGCAAGAUGUAUUUGCAGGCGCUCUUAUAGGUCUUACAGUUGCCUCCUUUUGUUAUCUGCAAUUUUUCCCAUAUCCUUACGAUGCUGAUGCUUUCUGGCCUCAUGCAUACACCUUCCAGUUAGCGGAAGAACGCAACAGUAGAAAUGCAAACUCCUACAGCGUGAGACCAACCGAGAUUGAAACUGUCAAUAUUCCUGCCCAUGGUGGAAUUGCCCUAAGAGACACCAGCCCUAUACUAGAGGACAUGGAGUCUGGCAGGAAGAUUGUGACAUACGAGUCUGGACUGGAGAUGUCUCAAAUACCUUGACCAUCCAGACUGAGUUUGGAAUUUGUCGGCAUGACAGGCUCUGUGGGAGCUGUUUUCGUGUUUACAGGUAGAUCUGUUGUAGAGCUGUCGACUUCUGCCUCUGUAUUGAUCUUCGGUGUCUACAAUUUGUUUGCUUUGACAGAGUCUUGCUGUAAAUAAUCUAGUGGGUGUUCUUACUUUUCAACGAUCUUGUACAUUAAUAUAUGCUUAUGGAGUGUGUUUCGGAUUGCGCUAAAAAAUGAUUGGUUUACCUUCCAUGUACCGAAGCUUUACGCCCCUUCUUUCAGCAAGUAUGACCUAAUGUGCU